GUGAUCCCACGGGCUCUCGUUUUGAUACGGCGAUUGGAGCAUCUGUAGGCUGCACAAAAGUCUGGCAUCGUCUCCUAUAAAGCCAGCAAUUUCCUGUAUCAUAAUCCCUUAUUACAGGACAGAGACUGAGAAUCUGUUCAUCUUUGAACACUGCAAAGAAAUGGCCGAAUCUGCAGCGAGUCAGUAUGUGGAUCAGUUCAGCUGUUCAGUCUGUUUGGAUCCUCUGAAGGAGCCGGUGACGAUUCCCUGUGGACACAGUUACUGUAUGAGCUGUAUUACUGACUACUGGGGCCAGAAGGAGCAGGGGCCGCCGUACCGCUGUCCCCAAUGCAGAGAGAGCUUCAGUCAGAGACCUCUACUGAAGAAGAACACUCUGAUAGCUGAGAUGAUGGAGACGCUGCAGAAGACGUCCCUACAAACGGCUGCUGUGGAGUGUGAUGUUUGCACUACAGAGAAGAACAGAGCUGUAAAGUCCUGUCUGCAGUGCUUGGCCUCCUUCUGUCAAACUCACCUGCAGCUUCACUAUGAAUCUCCUGCGUUUAUGAAGCACAAACUAGUCGAAGCUUCCAGAAACAUUCAGGAGAACAUCUGCCACAGUCAUGGGAAACCUCUGGAGAUUUACUGUCAGGAAGAUCAUCAAUGCAUUUGUAACUUGUGUAUGAUUGACAGUCAUAAAAACCACAGUGUGGUGUCUGUGGAUUCUGAAUGGGCUAGUAAAAAGAAAGAGUUAAAGGAGAUAAAGUUGGCGUGUCAGAAGCUGAUCCAGGAGCGAGAGAGAGGUCAGCGGGAAAUUAGUGAAGCUGUGAAGUCUUUUAAAAGUUCAGCUCUAGAGACCAUGGAGGACAUUGAGAAGGUCUUCACUGAGCUCAUCUGCUCUCUUGAGAAGAAGCACUCUGAGAUUAAAGAGCAGAUCAGAGCUCAGGAGAAGACUGAGAUAGAUCGAGCAGAGGAACUUCACAAACAUCUGGAUCAAGAGCUGACAGAACUCAGAAAAAGACAAGCAAGAGAAUUGAGAAACUUCUGA